AGGCGAUUACAAUAAACUCCCGGUUAAGGCGACCGGUGCGAACUUCACGCAUGAAGUCAGUCACUGGGGGAACCGCGCGUAGAAAGCACGCGCUUACAACUCGCCAGUUAACUUUACAAACUUUUUAACUGUAUAACAAUUUACUGAAUAAGUUCCUGUGACAAACAAAACAAUAGUGCUGAAAUUGUGUAAUAAAAUAUUGGAUUAAUACGAAUUUGAAGCGUGGAUUUGCGUUUCUAUAUGUAAUUAUCGGAGCAUCAACAUCAUGCACCCGUCGUUAUCUGCGGAGAGGAGAUCAUCGCGCGUUAUAUAAACCUCGAUUCCAAGAACAUUAUCUGAAGCAGACUCUUCAAUAAGUGACAGUGUUUCGUGUUGUCGUGCUGUACCACUCAGUGUUUAUUCCACAUUCUACAUUCGAUAUUCAAAUUUAUAAUUGGAAAAAAUAAUCAGCAGUUCUUGAACAGCAGAAACAAGUGCUUGAAUAAAAAAUAGAGAAUUCGAAUUUCAAAUUCGAAUUCUCAAGCCGCGUUGACACGCACAAGUGACUGGAGCUAGUAGUGGACGGUUUAGUGAUCGAAAAUGGCCGGCACCGGUGGUGAGAUCUGGCUCCAGUGGUUCGCGUGCUGCUACCAGCCCGCCGCGCAGGCGCAGCGGACGCGCCGGAGAAUAGACCGCUCCAUGAUCGGAGCGCCCACAAACUUCCAGCACACAGGACACAUAGGAUCCACGGACGUGGACAUGCCGUCUUCGCUGCUGCACACGAUCCAGAACCAGAUGCAGAGCAAAGGCGGCUACGAGGUGGCGUACGGAGUCAAGGCAUACUGAACGCGCAUGCCGAGGACUAGUGCUUGGACUGAGUGACUGUCGUGUUUAUGAUCUUAUUAUCGUAUUUAUUAACGCGUUACGCUAGUGGCUAGUGUUUAGUUCGUAUGUGUUUUCAAGUGUACAUACAAAGGCCAUUGUCGAAAUUCUAAAGUUACCUCUGCGGUUUCCAUGUUCUUCAGUGAAGUCUCGAAUUAUAUGUUGCAAUGCAUUGUACUUGUUCAGACCGGCGUUGAUAAUCCUAUAUCUUCCUGUUCAAUUCGGUUAGUAAAGAAUUGUGCCGCUAAAGUUCAUCAACUGAAAGGCAGCAUUAUAUGCAAGCUGCCUAUGUACGAUCGUCCUUGGGUGAAUUUUAUCGACACAAUCAUUCCACUUCCUUGUAUAAAAUUAUGUUAUCAUAAUAUUAAGUAUACUCUAUAAGACAGACUAACUUUAUUGUUUUCGAAUUUUUCAGUCCUUAACCUUUAAUGUAUGUUAGAUACUUAUUUUAAGUAAAAUGAUGUUCCGUAAUGAAGCUAAACCAAUUAUAUCAUUUACAAUACAAUAGAAAAACCGUGAGUCAAAUUAAUUAAAUACUAUGUUUUAAAAGUAAAACAUUACUUCAAACAAUGAACACGCACAAAAUUGUUGCAAGAAAAAAAUAAAAUCAAUCGAGCACGGGGCAAUGCUUACGCUGCUCGCCGUCUCCAAUAAAUUAACAAUAUUUAAAGAUUUCAUGCUAAUUCAUUCGUGAAAACUAUAGAUAUUGUGAUAAUUUAUAUGACAGUUUCUAUUUCUCACUUUUGGUAACUUUCGACGGCCGUUAAGUCUUUGAGCCUCAAACCGUUUUUAGACAAAUCUAUCUAGAGAUUAACACGAUUAUACCUAUAUACACGGUGUUACUUGAGCCGCUGAAAACCUGAGACACCCCAACAGAUUUUUUUUAUUUAACACUCAUGUUUAGUAUUUAUUCUUUAAUCGGAUAAAUAUUGAAAAAAAUAUUCGUUGUUUAGUUUUCUUAACAAUUCUAUUCGACUGGUAUUCUACACAAGAUACUUCGUCGUUUUAGUGACAUCAAACAAUUGGUAGUUACCAUCGUAAACACUGUUAACUGACCAUUUGCAUACCUUACUGCGACGACAUAAGGUUUACCAAUGGCCAGUUAAGGGUGUUGCUCAUUGACAAAUAACGUGUCAGAUGCUAGUUAUUGAUAUUGUUGCAUUACAAACUUGUAGACUGAGCAUAAAAAUAAUUAAAAACAAUAAAAAAAUUACCUCCAUUAAAAUAUAGCGCAAUCGAUCCUCCUAUCGAUUCUGAACAAAUUGUUUUUAGGUUUUCAGUGGGUCGUGAAACACCGUGUAUAUCUAUGAAGCAGGGUAACUCAAUAUUUUCUUAAAUCCCUAGUGGUUCGAGAGCGAUUAUAAAGGUUCGCUACAAGACUGCAUAUUCGUGACGGCUCACUUGCGCAUUAAAAAAUGAGUUUUUAAAAAUUGCUUGAAAAAGGGAUUUACAAUUUCAGGGAAAUCGUGCCUUAAGAAACCCUGCCAUAUGAUGAUAAGUUUACUUACUUAUGUGAGAUAUAUUGCGUACCUACAUAUAUACUCAAGCAAGUAUUUUAUUAAGGGGCUGUCAACAUCUUAUGUCCUUGAAAUUUAUGUUACUUAAGCAGUUUUUUAAAGAAAAACUAUUUGUUUUAGUAAAGCAAAAAUAUACCUAUGUUAAUAUUCAUUAUAUUUCAAAGACCGUGGCCGUACUCGAUACAUGAGUAAACGAAAUCGGCUCGAUAGAAAAUAAUUGCAAAGAUUGGUCUUAAAAUCAACAUUUAACCGAUCUAUGUCUUUAUUUUUUUGACUUACCUAUGGGUCUGCAAUUAAAAUCACAAUUUCAAAACAUUUAUACCCAAACCGCUAACGAGUAAUAUUACACUAAUAAUCGUCAUUUUUUUAUUUUAAUAACUUUCUUAUUGUUCCCUUGCCCAGGCCAGGUCCAGUAACUUGCGACAGUGCUAUUUUAGGCAGUGUGCGCGUUUUAGGAAUUGACAGCCUUUUUAUUUUCUGCUGUUAGUGAAAUUCUGAAAUCUUAUAGGUACAAUAUAUUACGCUCGACAUAAAUUAUAACGAAUCUUACCUUUUUCUAUAUAAUUAAAUAGUUUUCCAGCAGUAUAAGUAGUAUACUUACCUAUUCCGUCAUUGACUGCCUUUUUAUUACCUAUAAAUAUACCUGGUACUCGUUACACAUAGGUAUAUAUAUGUAUAUGUUUUCAUAUAUUACUGUACUAAUUAUAUUUAUAAUAUAUGUGUCCUAUUGAUGUUAGAGUUGUUGCUGGUGUCAAUUCCAGAAUUACAAGUUAUUAACAUACUCGUAGGGCAAAAUAUUAUGUGGGGUGGUCGUUCACCUUUACUCUUACGUAACUUAUUUUUAUCAGUUUAUUAUAAAAAGUCAGUACCCAGGUAGCAAAAUGACGUAAAAUGACGUCAGCGACGUCAUAUUGACGGCAUUAUUACGUCAUUACGACGUCGCUGACGUCAUUUUGCUACCUGGGUAGACGUUGGGCCGUUUAUUGAAUUAAACGUUUUUUUACUAUAGGUAAAUAACACUUUUAAUUUUGAACAAUGUUACUAGAUUAUUUGGAAUACUUGCUUCAAACACGUGCUAUCGAAUGCUAUAAAUGCGGAUGAGCUAUCAAAUAUCAAUGUUUGUAAACAUCUGUAAAAUUUUAAGUUACAUAUUAUCAAAACACUGUUAACGCCAAGAACCCCUAAAAGGUGUCUUUACUAGUCGUACUCACAGCGCCAGCGCCAAGGACAACUGGCGGACGCUGUCAAAGUAACCUUCUUCACACUUUCAAGUACCCUAAUGUUGACAUUAGCUCCCUUCCAGCCGGAAGCUUGGCUUUUGAGUAAUGUUUGUGUUUAUGACAUAAAGCGUUCAAAAGGUUAACAGUUAAAGUAGCAUUACCUACACGUUUAGGCUGCUUUAUUGAAUUGACGCCCUAAACGCUCAACAACAUUUGUAGGUGCAAACACCUACUCAAUCAAUUGUCUAACCCGUAAAUAGUCCUAAAAUAGUCAAUUAAUAUGUUUAUUACUUAUUAGUAAAUUAAGCGAGUGAUACAUUUGAGAUUAAGUAAUAUCGCGCAUAUCUAUGCUCUUAAUACUUACCGUUUAUAAAUGCAGACAGAGGACUACAAUUAACGUCCAAUAAUAUAAAUCUCCAAGUUUAAAUAUAGUCAUAAGCUAUUUCGGUCGUGAGUUUAGUUUGGAUAUUUGCUUAUUGGGCGUUAGCGUUAGAUGUGUAAUUUUGAUGCAUAAUGCGAUAAUUAUUACGAGCAUGUUAGAAACUUCCAUGAAUCGACUAUGUCAAAGCUAAAAUCCGUUAAAAUCGCACAGUUAUGCAUAGGUACUGGUUCCAAUAGUUUGCUAGCGAGUCCUUAUACUGUUUGUCCAUAAUGGCAUUCAUAAAAAAAAAUAGGAAAUUCGCACAUGUAUCGUACAACAUUUUAUAGUACAUAUGGCCCUUUAAAUUUUCGACAUAGUUACGAAAUGUGCUGAUUAUCGCACUAGUGCGGUAAAAUAGCGCCAUAUGUGCUGUAAAAUAUAUUAUUUUAUAUUACUUUACACUGGCCCUAGGUAUAGUGUAUCUUAUUCAAGGUGCGUUUUAAUACUGCACAAGCUGCAUUGGACCACGCUACAUUCAUUUAAUUCUACCACCAAGUUGCCUUCACAUCAAGAAGCCGGUCGUUCUCCAAAUUCUCACAAAAAAAUAUCAAAGAACUAGUGCAUACGAUGAAGAAUAAAAUUGGUGGCCAAGUAAAUGCUAAUAUGCAAGAAUAUAUAGAGAAUUUGGAAUUGAUUGCAUAAAUAUAUUUUAAGUAGACAAAGUUAGCAAACCUCACAAGGUGGUUAAAAAUAUAUUGAACUAUUAUUAAAAAUAUGAAAAUCUUUUGGGUCUUCUUGCCCGAACAGUUUUGGGCAGUGGAAUGACUGAAUCAAGAGUUUUUUAUAGAGACUGAAACGUAAAGCUUACAUUAUACCUCUAUUAUUGAAAAGCAAUAUUGCUAAAUGUCCAUAAAUAUUUAUCCUACGUAUAAUUUUGUCCUUUUCCGGUUAAAAUGACAGUUAUAUUCCUGUAACUAGUUGAUAGUUAAUUUUAAUUGUGUUGUUGUGGUAAAUACCUAUUGAAUGAUACUAGAAUUUGUACCAUAUAAUUAUUAUGAACAGAAAAUGAAAAUAUUUCAGAACGAUGAA